AUGAUUAUUAACCUGAUGAACCAGCUGUGCAAAGUGUGCGGUGAGCCGGCGGCUGGAUUUCAUUUUGGCGCAUUCACAUGUGAAGGUUGCAAGUCCUUCUUCGGCCGCACCUACAACAACAUAUCCGCCAUUGCCGGCUGCAAAAACAAUGGCGAUUGCGUCAUCAACAAAAAGAAUCGCACGGCCUGCAAAGCGUGUCGCCUACGCAAGUGCCUACUGGUAGGCAUGUCGAAGAGCGGCUCCCGCUACGGCCGACGUUCGAAUUGGUUUAAAAUACACUGUUUGCUGCAAGAGCAACAAAGUGUGCCAGGCAAUGGACCAGGCGGCGGCGGUGGUCCCGGUGGUGGUGGCAGCAUAAGUGACAAUAAUGCCAAUAGAGCAAGCUUCGAACAAUUGGCGCGUUUACAUCAGCUGCAAGCGCGUCAAACCUAUCAAGACAAGACGAAUCCCUGCAUCAAAUCGGCCAGCAUGUCACCAACAGCUUUGGCGCUGAGCGCUGCGGCAGCAGCCGCCGUCGCCGCCAAUAGCAGAGGCUCGCCACAACCGCCGCCAGCGCAACACAAUCUACUCAGCUCGGCGGCGAAAUUUCUUAAUGGCGUUGCUGAUAGCGGCAGGCACCACGCGCAUCAACAGCAUCAGUUACAACAGCAGCAACAACAGGUGACGCAACAGCAGCUACAACAUAGCGCGCAACAACACCAGCAUCUGCAUCAUUUACCCGCAUUCGGCUAUGGCGGCAAGGCGGAGACGCGCCUCAGCGAAACACCCAGCGAUUCAGGCGCGUCGUCUGCCGGCGAUGCAGCGGACGAUGCGCGCAGCAGCGUUUCGGGCCGUCAGGAGCGCAAUUGUAAUUCAGCGCAACAUCUUGCUGCAUUGACGUAUGACGAUUUAGAAGAGGCCGAAGCGCGUGAGCGUCGUCACCAACAACUGUUGCAAAUUUAUCGCUCGCACUCAGAACCGCUGCGCAGUCCUUUCGCGCAUUUUGCGCUACCACCGCACAUAUCACCGCUAGCCGCACCACCGGGCACACUGCUCUCCGCCACUAAUAUUGCUGUUAGUCCACCUGCUCACCUCAUGCCUGCUGCUUUGAAGGAAGAAAUUAAGCGCCUAAGCGAGGCGGCAUCGGCUGCCGCGGCAGCAGCAGCAUCAGCGGCCUCUGUAGCAGUAGCUGAUGGCACGUCUAACAAUGAUGCGCAAGAGGAGCCCAUAGACUUGUCAUUUAAGGGACGCGAAAUCGAACGACACUGGGCGGCAGCGCGCUCCAGCUAUGAGCGGCAACUGGCGCAUGGCGAAGGAAAUUCGCUCACGUCCACAACACCACCGCCCUCGUCCGCAUCACCUACAGCGUUGGGUACGGCGGCGCAUGCAGCGCUCACGCAUGCUGUGAUACACAAGCCAACUCCACUAGACUUGACAUCGGUGCGCUCGCAGACGCUAACGGGUUAG